AACUCCGCCAUUUUUCGCUACAGCGUUGCAUAUGCGAGUGGUCGUCCGACUAUUUGUAGUAAUCUACGCUUUUUUUUUGACAUCAAGCAGAUAAAUAUAAUGCUCUUACAUUUUAAAGUGCAUUAAGCGAACCGCGGAGAGUCCAACAACUGCAAACAAUAUAACGUAACUGUUUACAAGCGAUUACGCAUGUGUUACGUACUGCCAGCGCCGUCUUUUCAUCAGAAUCAACGCAGCCGUCAUAAAACUGGCUACCGAAUUGCAAGUUUUUAGCAAAUCAAUACGAAACAGCAUCCAGAGCCGCAGUGGAGGUAGUCGGCGUGUUUGCCAAAACGUUCCAACAUGAGUUUUUCCAGCGACGAGGUAAACUUUCUAGUUUUCCGAUAUCUGCAGGAGUCAGGCUUUCUGCAUUCAGCGUAUGUGUUUGGCAUCGAGUCUCACAUCUCACAAAGUAACCUUAAUGGAGCCAUAGUGCCUCCAGCUGGCCUGCUUACCAUACUGCAGAAGGGUCUGCUCUACGCAGAGGUGGAGUGGAGUGUGGGUGAAGAUGGUGAGGUGGCGAGACCCAUUGAAGGACUUAGUUUGAUAGAUGCCGCCAUGCCAGAACUGAAGCCGCUCAAGCCAAUAGUCAAAACAGAGCCGUGCAAACCGGGUGCAGUAGAUAACAAUACGCCAGCCAACGCAAAUGCAAACAGCAAUGCAAAAACUGAGAUUAAAAUUGAGCCGGGCACAGGUAAUACGGCUGCAAAUACCACUGGCAAGGGAGCCAAUGCCAGCACGGGCACCAGCACACCUACCGGCAGCAGCGCCGACACCAGUGAGGUGGACUCCAGUGGCAAUACCACAUCUAACAGCAAUGCCACCACUAGUGGCAAUAAUAAUGCAAGCGGAACAUCUGCCGGCACUGCAGCAAACUCGGCGACAACUGCGGCCAGCGCGAACGCUGAAAGUGCCGCCGGAGCUCCUGGCGCUAACAAAAAGACGGGCGUCAAUGAAUCGGGAGCAGCCAGCAAUACGGCCUAUCCAAAUACAACGAGCACAGAUGAUGCUGCGUCAUCCACGUCCACAAAUGGCAACAGUAGUAAUUCCAGCAGCGUGGAACAGCCAGCGACAGGUGUUACGCCCGCUGCUCCCGCAGCCUCCAAUGCGGAAACCGGUGCAACAGCUGCAGGCGCUUCAGCAACGGGUGCCAAGGCACCUAGUGGUGCAGGAGGUGCAGCGACAGCACGAGUGGGCGCUCAGGGAAAUAAUGUGCAGACCACCUGCCCAACGACCGCUCAAACUGCAGUACCCAGUAGUACGACAUCAGGUAGCGGAGGAGGUGGCGGCGGCGGUAGUGGUGGUGCCGGUGGCGGCGGUGGCGGUAGCACUGGCACACCUGGCAGCACCGUUGUGGAAGCGAUGGACAUUGAUCAGAACAUUGAGAUACCUGAAUCGAAGGCGCGUGUGCUGCGUGGCCACGAGAGUGAAGUGUUCAUCUGCGCCUGGAAUCCCAGCCGAGAUCUGUUAGCCAGUGGCUCUGGCGACAGCACUGCACGCAUUUGGGACAUGUCCGAUGCGAAUGCCAACUCAAGUCAGUUGGUGUUGCGACAUUGCAUACAGAAAGGUGGCGCUGAGGUGCCCAGCAAUAAAGAUGUAACUUCGUUGGACUGGAAUUGCGACGGCUCUCUUCUGGCCACGGGAAGUUACGAUGGCUAUGCACGCAUUUGGAAGACGGAUGGCCGAUUGGCAUCCACAUUGGGCCAACACAAGGGACCCAUCUUCGCACUUAAAUGGAACAAAUGCGGAAAUUACAUUUUGUCUGCAGGCGUCGAUAAAACAACAAUUAUCUGGGACGCAUCCACGGGCCAGUGCACACAACAGUUUGCGUUCCAUAGUGCCCCUGCACUGGACGUUGAUUGGCAAUCGAACCAAUCGUUUGCAUCGUGCAGCACAGAUCAGCGAAUACACGUAUGCCGGCUGGGUAUGAACGAGCCCAUAAAAACGUUCCGCGGCCACACGAACGAGGUGAAUGCAAUCAAAUGGUGUCCGCAGGGUCAGCUAUUGGCUUCCUGCUCUGACGACAUGACACUUAAGAUCUGGAGUAUGACGCGUGAUCGUUGCUGUCAUGAUCUGCAAGCGCAUUCCAAGGAGAUAUACACGAUAAAAUGGUCACCCACCGGGCCCGGUACCAACAAUCCCAACACGAAUCUUAUUCUCGCGUCGGCUUCGUUCGAUUCGACGGUUCGUCUGUGGGACGUUGAGCGUGGCAGCUGCAUACACACGCUAACGAAGCAUACAGAACCCGUCUAUUCGGUGGCCUUCAGUCCGGAUGGCAAGCAUCUGGCCUCGGGCAGCUUUGAUAAGUGUGUGCACAUCUGGAGCACUCAGACCGGACAGUUGGUGCACAGCUAUAAGGGAACUGGUGGCAUUUUCGAAGUGUGCUGGAACUCCAAGGGCACUAAAGUGGGCGCCAGUGCAUCCGAUGGCAGCGUUUUUGUCCUCGAUCUGAGAAAGUUCUGAUCCACAGCAAUCACAUUUGAUACAGCCUCCAGCAGCUCUCAGCACCAUUUAAGUUAUGUAUAUUGAAGCUUAAAUUCUAAUGUGUUUCUUGCUUCUGUUUCGAAUGUCUACUUUAAUGUUCUAUCCGCGAUCCCUCAAUGAGUUUCCCUCGACCUCCAAUUUCAAGUCAAUAUCGUUUCUGUGUUCUGGAAUUAUCGCUCGUGGGCGUCGUAAACAGAGUUUGCGCCACAUUCGCAACCAGCUGCAGGAAAUGCGCUUUUAAUUUAGCCGUAAGCUCCAUAUGUUUCUAAGUUUUUAUACAGAAAGAACCCCGUUUAGUAUAACACGAUGCAUUUUGUUAUUUUCUAUACAUCAGCGCAGUAUAAUGGUCCAGUCCCAAUUAAGUCUUAAUUGAAUAACCUUUUAUCCUUAGACCUAAGCAUAUAAAAUGCAUGCAAACAAAUGUUUAGUUAGUUGCCGGUAAACGGAAACGGAUCCAAGUUUAAAUGGAUGACAACCCGAUUUACGCUUACAUUCGAACAGUGUAACUGGAUCCCAACGUAGUGUGUAAACGAUUAUAAUUAUAAAGAAUGGCGUUAACAGCAGCUAUAAUUAAUUAAAGCUCCAAAACUAAGGAAAUCGAGAAUUUAUUU